AUGGACAAGCUGACAAAUUCCUCCUCCCUAUUGGUCCUGGUGACCAUUGUCACCGACACAGAAAGUGACGGGGAACCUACAAUGUCAGACUUUGCAGCAGUACAAGAGCUGAAGGAAGUGAAGGAAAAUCUCCCCAAUGGGUGCUGGUCUGAUGUCUUGGGCGGAGGAGAGGAUCUCAGGAGAGAUCGGAAUGUUGCCCUUCAAGGUCGAGCGACUCAAUCCUCACUUUUUAUAAGUCAACGCUUUGGCUACCAGUCAGCAGCCAUAAAUGCCAUAGAUGGGAACCAGGACCCGGCCUUCUCCCACGGCUCCUGCUCACAUACACACAAUUACCCGUCUCCAUGGUGGAGGGUGGACCUGCUCAGACCUUAUAAGAUCGAAUACAUCACCAUCACCAACAGGGGAGACUGCUGCAGUGAGAGACUGAACGGAGCGGAAAUUCUCGUAGGAAACUCUCUGGCCAACAACGGAAAUGAUAAUCACAGGUGUGGGGUGGUCACCUCGAUCCCAGCUGGAGGAACACAGCACGUCCUAUGCCGCGGCCUGGUUGGCCGAUACGUCAAUAUCAUUUUACGUGGAAAAAAACAAUACCUUCAAUUAUGUGAAGUUCAAGUCUGGACAAAAAAUAAGUAG